CCUGGUGCUGGAGGUCGUGGCAUCUUUCUAAAGCAGAAGCCCGGAAAAUAUCCAGGCACUGAUUGUCCAGCUGCCGUGACCCAGGAGGCUGGGUUGCAGAGUCCUCCUGUGGACCUUGGGAUCGACAAGACCAUGCUGGCGAGCCUGAAGGUCAAGAAGCAGGAGCUGGCCAACAGCUCAGAUGUGACCCUCCCAGACCGGCCGCUGUCCCCUCCUCUCACUGCACCUCCCACCAUGAAGUCGGCGGAGUUCUUCGAGAUGCUGGAGAAAAUGCAGGGGAUCAAGCUUGAAGAGCAGAAGCCGGGACCCCAGAAGAACAAGGACGACUACAUUCCCUACCCCAGCAUCGACGAGAUUGUGGAGAAGGGAGGCCCGUACCCCUUGGUUGUCCUGCCCCAGUUUGGGGGCUAUUGGAUCGAGGACCCUGAGAACGUGAGCACGCCGACCUCUCUGGGCAGCAGCGUCUGUGAGGAUGAGGAAGAGGACAACCUCAGCCCCAGCACGUUUGGCUACAAGCUCGAGUGCAAGGGUGAAGCCAGGGCCUAUCGCAGGCACUUCCUGGGGAAGGAUCAUCUAAACUUCUACUGUACCGGCAGCAGUCUGGGGAACUUGCUCCUGUCCAUCAAGUGUGAAGAGGCUGAGGGAAUUGAGUACCUUCGGAUCAUUCUCAGGUCCAAAGUGAAGACAGUGCAUGAGCGGAUCCCCUUGGCUGGACUGAGCAAGUUGCCCAGCGUGCCUCAGAUUGCAAAGGCUUUCUGUGAUGAUGCAGUGGGGCUGAAAUUCAACCCUGUCCUGUACCCCAAGGCCUCCCAAAUGAUCGUGUCCUACGAUGAGCAUGACGUCAACAACACAUUCAAAUUCGGGGUAAUUUACCAAAAAGCCAGGCAGACCCUGGAGGAGGAGCUGUUUGGGAACAAUGAGGAGAGCCCAGCUUUCAAGGACUUCUUGGACCUGCUGGGGGACACGAUCACACUGCAGGACUUCAAAGGUUUCCGAGGAGGCCUGGACGUGACCCAUGGACAGACGGGGGUGGAAUCAGUGUACACGAUAUUCCGGGACAGGGAGAUCAUGUUUCAUGUCUCCACAAAGCUGCCGUUUACCGAGGGAGAUGCCCAGCAGCUCCAGAGAAAGAGACACAUUGGGAAUGACAUCGUGGCUAUCAUCUUCCAAGAAGAAAACACACCGUUUGUCCCAGAUAUGAUUGCCUCCAACUUCUUACAUGCCUACAUCGUCGUGCAGGCUGAGAACCCGGGCACAGAGACCCCAUCCUACAAGGUUGCAGUCACUGCACGGGAAGAUGUGCCUGCCUUUGGCCCACCUCUGCCCAGCCCCCCUGUUUUCCAGAAGGGCCUGGAGUUCAGGGAGUUUCUGCUCACCAAGCUCACCAAUGCAGAGAAUGCUUGCUGCAAGUCGGACAGGUUUGCAAAGCUGGAGGACAGGACAAGGGCCGCCCUCCUGGACAACCUUCAUGAUGAACUCCACGCCCACACUCAGGCCAUGCUGGGACUGGGCCCAGAAGAGGACAAGUUUGAGAAUGGGAGCCAUGGGGGAUUCCUGGAGUCUUUUAAGAGGGCCAUCCGCGUGCGCAGCCACUCCAUGGAGACCAUGGUGAGCAGCCAGAAGAAGCAGCACGGCGGGGGCAUCCCUGGCAGCCUCAGCGGGGGCAUCUCCCAUAACAGCAUGGAGGUCACCAAGGCUACCUUCUCGCCUCCGGUGGCGGCAGCAACGGCGAAGAACCAGUCGCGGAGCCCCAUCAAGCGGAGGUCGGGGCUCUUCCCCCGUCUGCACACAGGCUCUGAAGGCCAAGGGGACAGCCGGACACGAUGCGACAGUUCAUCCAGCAACCCCAAGACCCCAGAGGGCGGACACUCUUCUCAGGAGAUAAAGUCUGAGACCUCAUCCAAUCCCAGCUCUCCAGAAAUCUGCCCCAACAAGGAGAAGCCCUUCAUAAAACUGAAGGAGAACGGACGAGCCAACAUCUCCCGCUCCUCCUCCAGCACCAGCAGCUUCAGCAGCACGGCAGGGGAGGGCGAGGCCUUGGAGGAGUGUGACAGUGGGAGCAGCCAGCCGUCCACAACCUCUCCCUUCAAGCAGGAGGUGUUUGUGUACAGCCCGUCCCCAAGCAGCGAGAGCCCCAGCCUGGGGGCGGCCGCCACCCCCGUCAUCAUGAGCCGGAGUCCGACAGAGGUCAAAAGCAGAAACUCUCCGAGGUCAAACCUGAAAUUCCGCUUCGAUAAGCUCAGCCACGCCAGCUCCAGUGCGGGUCACUAAUGUGAAAGAGGAGUCCUUCACUUGUCGGAGGGAAGCCCCAAUUCUGUCUCAGAGAAGGCUCCUAUUCCAGCAGUUUGGGGGUGCCAUCCACUACUCUGACCGUCACAGGCCUGCUUCUCCACUGGCCACCUGCCCACCAGACCAGCUAUCUGUCCCAGUGUCCCGACCUGGCCACAGCCUUGCCCAUCCCGGCCAACACCUCCCCAUCUCUGGACAAGGCCUCAUUCCUCCAGGCUCUCCCUGCUCCUGACUGCCCGAUGUGAUAUGUGUCUGGGUCAUUUGUCAUCUUGUUUUGUCUGCAGGGGAGCGUGUUGGGCAAGAGGGGAUCUGGGUACCAGUCAGAAUCCAGAGAAGCAGAGGGAGUGGUGAGGUGGGCAGCGGAGGCUGACAGCAGGAUGCUGCACCCAGGCAGAGGCAGUGCCACGUCCUGGACACGGCAGGCAGGAGGCUGUAGCCCCAGCACAUGCAUUUAAUGCUGGUGGAGGGAGCGUUUUUCCAGGAACCCAGAUUUGUAGUCAUCCUUGAAGGUGUCCUGAUAGAAGUCGGUUCUGCUCCUCCUGCAUGUCUGGAGCUCCCAAACAUCUGUUUGCUUCUGUUCUGGGAGUUUCUUACCCAUCUGCUGACACCAGGCUCAGGCUGCCUCUGUCCCUGCUGCCUGUGUAUCUCAAGCCACGAGGCCGGUUGAAGCUGAGACCCAGCUGGGCAUGUGCGGGAGUGGGCGCCGGGCUCUUUCUGGAUGGCCUCAUUUCCCGCAGGCUCCUGAUGUGAUGGCUGUGGGAGAAGCCAUCAAUCAGUCCCUCCCCUUUGAGCACACGCUUUUCCCAUGAAGGGGUGGGCAGCGGGAGCAGGAAGGUGUUCAGGGAGAGCCAGUAGCGAGCGCUGGGCCUUGGCUGUGGAAAACCUCAGGGCCCAGGGUUAGGCCAGGGUCCAGGUCUCUGCUGGUUGUGGAGGUUCAUGGGAGGCAUAGAGAGUUACUUCAGCUCCCUGCACACACCCGCCUCCCCUGCCCCUGCCCACUUAGGCGGGGGCCCAAGAGAGGUGUAAGUGGGCCCCCUAAGAAACAGACCUGAGAAGUGGCCUCUACCCUCUGUUUGCUAACGGGGAUGCUCUGGGCAGGAUAUGAAAUGGGGACAACUGGUCAGGUUGGUCGGGACGUGUGUGGGUGUAGAACUUAGGUGUGGGAAGGGGUGGUGUCCUUCUGGGGUUUAUGUGCCUGACCUCUGCGGGGGGCCCAGUGCUCUGGGGGGCCUCUUUCCAGCUACCAAGCCCUUUGGUCUAUCAGGGCUUCACCCCCCCACCCCCCUGCCCCUAGAUCCUCCUCCUCCUCUCUCUAGCCACAAGUCUGUAGGCGUUUGUCACGUCUGUGGGAUUCCUGCAACCUGAGUCCCAAGCUGGGUGCAAUUCAGACACUGCCUGUCACCUGCACCCUCAGCCAGAGCCACCUUUGCUGGGCUGAGCGAGCUCGCUCUCUGACAAGAGACCCUUCCUCCCUUCUCACCCAUCUGAGUCUGCAGUGCGAUAGGUCAGUUCUGCUGACUGUCUGUGGUGGCGUUUAAGGGGAGGUAUCCUCCAAGUUAAACAGAGUCUGAAGAGCAGACCCUUGAGGUGCUACAGCUCCAAGUGUAUAUGGGGCCUCGGCGACACGGGGCUGCCAGGGUGACACAGGUUGGGCACCUGCUUUAAUGAGCAGAUGACAUGGAUUUCCAACCAAACACUUUAUUUGCAUUGGGAUCUGGGCCUAUGCCCAAGGCAAGACAUAUAAACGUUACACUUGUUGUGACUGAUGUGACAAUUUCCCUAUUGCUUUUGCUUUUAGAACAAACCCUUGAUCCUUCAUCCCCAGCUCACGUGGACUUUGUGGGAUCCUAUUUACAGGCUGGGCGGACCUCUCCCCUCAUGCUAUCUGGGAAAUGUGUUUACUUAAAGUACUAGUCCAGUAAGAUUUAUUCUAGUUAGAAGGUCAACAAAUGUCUGUUUAGCUUUUAUUAAAACUCCCUGUAGCGGCACCCACAGCUGGCAUGAGGCCCGCGGAUUCUGGCACUGUUCUGUUGGCUGGGUUUCUGGAGGAACUUGAAAGGUCAGACUGCAUUUCUUUAAAAACUGUUCCAGGUUCUGGCUCGCUUCUCCAGGAAGCUGAUAUUUACAGCUGCCUGGUGGUUGUGCUGUGCUGUUUGUCGUGGUCUGGGGGUCCUCUGGACUUUUCAGGUUGUCUCCAUUCUGUCCUACUUGGGAACCUUAUACCCGCCUUCCCCACUGCUCUGGCUGUUCUCCCUGCAGCCCCCACCUCCUGGGAGGGCUUUGCCCCCGGUGCCUCUGAGCCAGCAGCCAGGAUGGCUAGGUGUGUCCAGAGAAACUGAGAGGUGUAGGUGGGCCCCCUAAGAAACAGACCUGAGAAGUGGCCUCUACCCUCUGCUAAUGGGGAUGCUCUGGGCAGGAUCUGAAAUGUCCCUCCUUAUGGGUCCUGCCUCACCACAUCUAGAAAGUUCAUUCUGUAGCUUCCAGAGUGUCCAGCCUCCAC